CAAUUCAUUCAUUUAUAUCAUAACAACCAAGAUGAAUUCUGUAGUUGCCGUCAUCCUCGUAAUCUGCUUCGCUGUAUCUGCCGAUGCUGCUGCAAGAGCUCUUGUAAGAGCCGGCGCCAAAAUCGUCGAUGCUGCUUUGCCCAUUGUUGGCAAGUUGGGCCCACAUGUCCGUACUGGUGACUACGUCCACAACAACCCAGACUGGAGUUUGUGGCGCAGAAAGAGAUGGAACCAACAACCAACAAGCCAAGCCGAGAUGUUGGAAGACGCAUUGGAAGCCGAAGCCAUCGAAGCUCUUAUGCAAGAACAAUAAGCGAUAAGGAAACACCUCCUCUACGAUUAAUCGGGAUGAAUAACCAAAUACUCGUUCAUUUUAAUUGAUUAAAAGUUAAAUACACGCUUGCAAAACAUA